GGACGCUUUCAAUCAUGGUCAUUUGCACACGACCAGGCUGCGGCGUCGACUUUGACCCUUCCUCUUCCUCCACGUCUGCCGGGUCGAGCGCGGGUCCCUGCGUCUACCACCCCGGCGCGCCCAUCUUCCACGAGGGUCGCAAGUCGUGGUCAUGUUGCGAACAGGUCAACAAGCCCGUGCUCGACUUUGACGAGUUUCUUGCAAUCAAGGGAUGCACGACAGAGCUGGUGCACACAAAUGUGAAGAAGGAAAAGGCGGUCCCAGCCUCUGGAUCUUCCUCGGCGGCGGCUGUCGCGGGCAGCGGGCCAGGCAGCUCGAGUGCGGGCGGGCCAGUGAAGAUUGAAGCGAAUGGGACUGAAGUCUAUGGGAGCGGCGCAAGUGCUUUGUCAGCAGCAACAGGGACGCAGACCAUAGCCAGAACAGCGGCUGCGAAGGCGGCAACGAAGCCCAAAGAGGUGGAGGAGCAGGAAGACGACGACACAGACGAGAUUGCCGCCGGCUCGACGUGCAAAAGAAACGGGUGCAAGGCUACUUUCGAAGGUGGAAAGAGGAACAAGGCAGCAGAGGACUGCCGCUACCACAAGGGCACUGCCAUCUUCCACGAAGGCUCAAAGGGCUAUACAUGCUGUCGCCGCCGCGUCCUUGAAUUCGACGAGUUCCUCAACAUUGAGCCCUGUACACAGGCGAAGCGCGGCCAUCUCUUCAAAGACUCAUCUUCUCGCAGGCUGGGCAAGCUCCCGAGCGUGCCUGGUCAGGAGCUCGACGAGGAAGAGGUCGACUGCCGGAUCGACCAUUAUGAGACACCCGCCGACGUCCGCGUGACCGUCUAUGCAAAAGGCGUCGACAUGCCAAAGAGCAAGAUCGACUUGUCGGACGAGGCAGUCGUCUUCUCCCUCUCUCUGCCUCCGGUGCCCGCGACUUCGACGACGGGCAGGCGGUUCAACAAGACGCUGGAGCCCUUUGCCAACAUUGACGCAGGGGCGUCGUCCUUUACCGUUUCGCGCUUUAAAGUCGACCUCAUCCUCGUCAAGAAGGUCCAGGGCGAGAGCUGGCCGACGCUGGAGAAGGGACAGGACUUUUUCGGCUACGGACUCACCUUUGGCAGAGCAAAGGAUGCACCCCCUUCCUAGAAGUAAAGUGUCAUUAUUCAACAUCAUCAUCAUCGUCGUCGACAUCGCCAUCCAUCAUCAACUUCACUGCAAGGCUCUGUUCAUGUCAUAUGCGAGUCCUCUCUAUUACUACUACUACUACUACUACUACUACUAUUACUACAGCAUCUCUCGAGGUCUCUUCAAACUUCAUCUACUUUUGACUUGUGCAAUGCAAACGCCGGUGUGACCCAUGCACCGC